UAGUGUUCCAAUCAGGGGCGGACUGACUAUUUGGAAACUGGGGCACUGCCCGAGGGCCCGGGGUCAGUAGGGGGCCCCAUGAGAUGCCCCUGGUACCUUUUUCAUAGGCUUUUUUGAGUUUGGGCAAGGACCAGGGGCCCCAUGAUGCCUUAAUGCCCGGGAGCCCCAUGAGUUGUCAGUCCGCCACUGGUUCCAAUACUUUAUGUCAUCUGACUUUACUGGCUGUAUGCUUGUUCCAGAUUCAUAAUCAGAAAGUACCAAAGCCAAAGACUUGCCAGGCAGCU